AUGGAGGCUGCUUCAGUGUUGUUCUUCAUCGUUGGUGUGACUGUGAGUCCCAGCAGAUCUCAGUUCUUUAAAGGAGAAUCAGUGAUUCUGAACUGUGAGGACGACAGCUCUGCAGGAUGGACUCUGAGGAGGAACACCACAGAAGAAACCAGGAGUCAGUGUGGAUCUACAUGGGGAUCAGGAGAUGGUUUGUCCUGUGAGAUUGGCUACAUGUAUGAAGAAGAAAGUGGUGUUUACUGGUGUGAGUCCAGAGGGGGAGGAGCCAGCAGCAUGGUGGUUAACAUCAGUGUCUCUGGUGGAUCAGUGAUCCUGCAGAGUCCUGUCCUCCCUGUGAUGGAGGGUCAUAACCUCACUCUGAGCUGUCAAUCAAAGACCCCUCCCUCCAACCCCUCAGCUGAUUUCUAUAAAGAUGGCUCCCUCAUCAGGACUGAGCCUACAGGUCACAUGACCCUCCAGCAUGUUUCCAGGUCUGAUGAAGGUCUCUACAAGUGUCACAUCAGGGAUCAUGGAGAGUCUCCAUCCAGCUGGAUCUCUGUCUCAGGGACUCCCAUCACCAGCACCAAUCUUUCUGUUUCAGUUCCAGGUUCAGCCUCGCCCCCUGCGUCUGACCCGUCCCCCACCACGACUUUCAACCAGCAGGUGUUUAGGGUUGUGUGCCACCUGGUGGUGAUCUGUCCGUACUGUAUCGCUACUCUCCUGAUGGUUUCUAUUUACCGACAAAAGGUUUCCAGUAACUGAUUACUUUUCUGUCCUGUCAAUUAAUCAAACUAAUGAUGAGCUGCUGAGCCAGGUGCUCUGAUACCUUUUGUCUCCAUGCAAACAAGCUGAUCAAGGUUUGAGUGUGUCAUGUAAUGAAUGUAAUGAAACCAUCGCUGUCACCAGCUGGUAUGAACUGACUCCACCCCCUCCCCGUUAACCUGAAUUCAUCUGUAGCCCCAACUGCUUUCUGUUCUGCUUACGACUGAAGGUUUGACUUUGCUUUGAUACAACUUAUGAUUUUAUCUGAGUAUGUCUUUGGAUUUUAAAUCAAUAAAACUAU